AUGGCGGAGUACGACCUGACUACUCGCAUCGCGCACUUUUUGGAUCGGCAUCUGGUCUUUCCGCUGCUAGAGUUUCUCUCGGUGAAGGAGAUAUAUAAUGAAAAGGAAUUAUUACAAGGGAAAUUGGAUCUUCUUAGUGAUACCAACAUGGUAGACUUUGCUAUGGAUGUAUACAAAAACCUUUAUUCCGAUGAUAUUCCUCAUGCUUUGAGAGAAAAAAGAACCACAGUUGUUGCACAGCUAAAACAACUGCAGGCAGAGACAGAACCAAUAGUGAAGAUGUUUGAAGAUCCAGAAACUACAAGACAAAUGCAGUCAACCAGGGAUGGUCGGAUGCUAUUUGACUACCUGGCAGACAAGCAUGGUUUUAGGCAAGAAUAUUUAGAUACUCUCUACAGAUAUGCAAAGUUCCAGUAUGAAUGUGGGAAUUACUCAGGAGCAGCAGAAUACCUGUACUUUUUUAGAGUGCUGGUAACAGCCACUGAUCUUCAUUAUUUGUCCACCAUUUGGGGAAAACUGGCCUCUGAAAUCUUAAUGCAGAAUUGGGAUGCAGCCAUGGAAGACCUUACACGAUUAAAAGAGACAAUAGAUAAUAACUCUGUGAGUUCUCCACUCCAGUCUCUUCAGCAGCGAACAUGGCUCAUUCACUGGUCUCUGUUUGUUUUCUUCAACCACCCCAAAGGCCGAGAUAACAUUAUUGACCUCUUUCUUUACCAGCCACAGUAUCUUAAUGCCAUUCAGACAAUGUGUCCACAUAUUCUCCGCUAUUUGACUACAGCAGUCAUAACAAACAAAGAUGUUCGAAAACGCCGGCAGGUGCUCAAAGACCUUGUCAAGGUUAUUCAGCAGGAAUCCUACACAUACAAAGACCCAAUUACAGAGUUUGUUGAAUGCUUAUAUGUUAACUUUGACUUUGAUGGAGCUCAGAAAAAACUAAGAGAAUGUGAAUCAGUGCUUGUGAAUGACUUUUUCUUGGUGGCUUGUCUUGAGGAUUUCAUUGAAAAUGCUCGUCUCUUCAUAUUUGAAACAUUCUGUCGCAUUCAUCAGUGUAUCAGCAUUAACAUGUUGGCAGAUAAACUGAACAUGACCCCAGAAGAAGCUGAAAGGUGGAUUGUGAAUUUGAUUAGAAAUGCAAGACUGGAUGCCAAGAUUGAUUCAAAAUUAGGUCAUGUGGUUAUGGGUAACAAUGCAGUCUCACCUUAUCAGCAAGUGAUUGAAAAGACCAAAAGCCUUUCCUUUAGAAGCCAGAUGUUGGCCAUGAAUAUUGAAAAGAAACUUAAUCAGAACAGUAGGUCAGAGGCUCCCAACUGGGCAACUCAAGACUCUGGCUUCUACUGA